CACUGCCGUCGAUUCGUCGAGAGUCCUCAGGCAUGCAGAGAAAACGGAGGAUGACGUCGAGUUAGAGGUCGCGAUAUUGUGGACGAGCAAUGAGAAUCGAGCCAAGAGAAGUCAUCGAAACUGGUGGCAUUGUAGGCUCAGUCACCUGCUCUACCCGUCUACUUGUAGAGGCGAGUCCUCUUUCAAAUCGAAAGGAUUUCCGUCAGAACCUCCGCGGUGUAAGCCGUAUACAGUUGAGUGCAGGUAUGCAGACAAAGAAUCGCCCAGACGCGAAAUAUGUGAGUACUAUGGUAGGGACGCGGUACGGAGAUACAUGGCAGCCCUGCGAGUCCACCAAUAAUGGUGAUUGCUUCCAGGAGCGAUUCCAGACGUGUUCUGCCUUUACACGGGAAUAUUCUCUGUGGACGGUUGAUUACGUACAGGCCUCAAUGAGGCCAUUGUCGCUCGUACGAUCGAAGCCCAGCCGGUGGCGAAGAGAGGGUGGGAGGGUGACAUGGCUCAAUGAUCAGGGUCUCAUCGAGUUUGCCGCCAACUGCUAGGCACUCGGUUGGUUCGCCAGGGAGAUGAUAACAAGUGCGCCUAAGCAACCAAAGAUGGUGCAAGUCGUCGAAACGUGUGCCCUGAACGGGUAGCGGUAGUGGAUCCCCGGAUGGUCU